UCUCAUUCCGUCCAAUCAACUCGUAACAUCAUAACUAACGAAGGGUUUUUUUGUCAAUUCAUGCUGAGAGUGAGAACCUCCCAUACCCAAAAACGAUUUGAGAAGCUCAAACAUCAAGUAACAUUUUCCGUUCUCUGAAAUUCAGAUCGUUCAACAUUUGCAGCUCAUGGCUUCGACGUCAUAGUGUAGACGCGUCCGCAUUGGAUUCUCGUAAAAGAUCUCAACUUCUGCGAAGUAGCCGAGUCGCAACUCGCUCCGAGUUCGGGAAUGGCUUCUUCGGAAGCCGAUUCCCGUCUGAGGCUGGUGGUGGUACCCGCGCUUGAGAAGAUAAUCAAGAACGCGUCGUGGCGGAAGCAUGCCAAACUCACUCAUGAGUGCAAAUCCGUCAUUGAGAGGCUCGGCCACCAGCACCAGCAUUUUCCUAUGCCGGGAUCUCCCUCCGACAAUGAACCGGACGUUCCUGGUCCGCUCCAUGACGGAGGUCCGUUGGAGUUCUCCUUGGCAGAGUCCGAGUCGAUCCUGAUGCCUCUCGUCAAUGCUGCCGGCUCCGGAGUCCUCAAGAUCGCGGAUCCCGCGGUCGAUGCCAUCCAGAAGCUCAUUGCACAUGGCUUCAUACGCGGCGAGGCGGAGCCGGCCUCCGGUGCUGCGGCGCCGGAGGCGAAACUCCUGUCCAAGCUCAUUGAAUCGGUCUGCAAAUGCCACGAUUUCGGCGACGAUGCGAUGGAGUUGCUGGUCCUCAAGACUUUGCUCUCAGCCGUGACGUCAAUUUCGCUCCGCAUCCACGGUGAUUCCUUGCUUCUCAUUGUGAGAACCUGCUACGAUAUAUAUCUAGUGAGCAAGAAUGUGGUGAAUCAGACGACCGCGAAGGCGUCGCUGGUCCAAAUGCUGGUGAUCGUGUUCCGUCGCAUGGAGGCGGAUUCCUCGACUGUGCCUAUUCAACCGAUCGUAGUGGCGGAACUGAUGGAGCCUGCGGAGAAAUCCGAUGAAGAUAAUUCAAUGACGCAGUUUGUGCAGGGCUUUAUAACGAAGAUAAUGCAUGACAUUGACGGCGUUUUGAACCCUACGGCCCCGAGCGGGAAGGUUAAUUUGCUAGGUGGGCACGACGGUGCGUUUGAGACCACCACGGUGGAGACUACGAACCCUACUGAUUUGUUGGAUUCUACUGAUAAAGACAUGUUGGAUGCUAAGUAUUGGGAGAUUAGUAUGUAUAAGACGGCUUUAGAGGGACGGAAGGGGGAGCUUGUGGAUGGGGAAGUGGUGGAGAGGGACGAUGAUUUAGAGGUUCAGAUUGGGAAUAAGUUGAGGAGAGAUGCUUUUUUGGUGUUUAGGGCGCUUUGUAAGUUGUCCAUGAAGACGCCUCCGAAGGAGGCGGUAGGGGACCCGCAGUUGAUGAAGGGGAAGAUCGUGGCUCUGGAGUUGCUGAAGAUUUUGCUGGAGAAUGCUGGUGCUGUGUUCAGGACUAGUGACAGGUUUUUAGGUGCCAUCAAACAGUACUUAUGUUUAUCCUUGUUGAAGAACAGUGCUUCAACUCUUUUAAUUGUAUUUCAGCUGUCAUGCUCCAUUUUUAUCAGUCUAGUGUCAAGAUUUAGAGCUGGAUUGAAAGCAGAAAUUGGAGUAUUUUUCCCUAUGAUUGUUCUCAGGGUCCUAGAAAAUGUUUCUCAGCCUAAUUUUCAGCAGAAGAUGAUAGUGCUUCGAUUUCUGGAAAAGCUUUGCGUUGAUUCACAGAUAUUGGUUGACAUAUUUAUUAACUAUGAUUGUGAUGUCAACUCAUCAAACAUAUUUGAGAGGAUGGUCAAUGGACUCCUUAAAACUGCUCAAGGUGUGCCCCCUGGUGUAACAAGCACGCUUUUGCCACCCCAGGAAGCAACACUAAAACUUGAAGCCAUGAAAGGCUUGAUUGCAGUUCUAAAAUCAAUGGGGGACUGGAUGAACAAACAAUUGCGCAUUCCUGAUUCUCAUUCAGCCAAGAAAGUUGAAGCUUUGGAUGACAGCCCUGAAACUGGAGGUUUUACCAUGGUAAAUGGGAAUGGAGAAGACCCUCCAGAUGGAUCUGACACUCAAUCAGAAGUCUCCAAUGAUGCUUCUGAUGUUUCAAAUAUUGAGCAACGCCGGGCUUAUAAACUGGAACUCCAGGAAGGUAUAUCACUUUUCAAUAGGAGGCCUGAAAAAGGAAUUGAAUUUCUCAUCAAUGCCAACAAGGUGGGUGAUUCACCAAAGGAUAUAGCUGCUUUUCUUAAAGAAGCAUCUGGGUUGAACAAGACUAGGAUUGGUGAUUAUCUGGGAGAAAGAGAAGAGUUAGCCUUGAAGGUAAUGCAUGCCUAUGUGGAUUCCUUUAACUUUCAAGAUAUGGAGUUUGACGAGGCAAUCAGGGUCUUUCUUCAAGGAUUUAGACUGCCUGGUGAGGCACAGAAAAUUGAUAGGAUCAUGGAAAAGUUUGCUGAACGUUACUGCAAAUGUAAUCCAAAGGCCUUUUCUAGUGCUGACACUGCUUAUGUCCUUGCCUAUUCUGUUAUAAUGCUUAAUACUGAUGCUCACAAUCCCAUGGUGAAGAAUAAGAUGUCUCCUGAUGAUUUCAUAAGAAAUAAUCGUGGCAUUGAUGAUGGAAAAGAUCUUCCUGAGGAAUACUUGAAGUCCUUGUUUGACAGAAUAUCUAGAAAUGAAAUCAAAAUGAAAGAAAAUGACGAGGCUCCUCAACAAAAACAGGUUGUGAGCCCUAAUCGACUCUUAGGCUUGGAUAGUAUAUUGAAUAUUGUGAUCCGUAAACGUGAAGAGAGUCUGGAGACCAGUGAUGAUCUUAUCCGUCAUAUGCAAGAACAAUUCAAAGAAAAAGCUCGCAGAUCUGAAUCAAUUUAUUAUGCUGCUACAGAUGUUGUAAUCCUGAGAUUCAUGAUUGAGGUGUGCUGGGCACCUAUGUUAGCCGCCUUUAGUGUUCCUCUUGAUCAAAGUGACGAUGAAGUUUUAAUAUCUCUAUGUCUUGAAGGCUUCCGCCAUGCUAUUCAUGUUACUUCAGUAAUGUCGAUGACGACUCACAGAGAUGUUUUUGUGACGUCGUUAGCAAAGUUUACCUCACUACAUUCACCAGCUGACAUUAAGCAAAAAAAUAUAGAUGCAAUUAAGGCAAUAGUUGUUAUUGCUGAUGAAGAUGGAAAUUACUUACAAGAAGCUUGGGAACAUAUAUUGACUUGUGUUUCUCGGUUUGAGCAUUUACAUCUUCUUGGAGAGGGGGCUCCACCAGAUGCCACAUUCUUUGCAUUUCCUCAGAAUGAUUCAGAAAAAACAAAGCAAGCGAAGUCAACCAUUCUUCCUGUUUUGAAGAAGAAGGGACUUGGGAGAAUGCAGUAUGCAGCUGCUUCAUUGAUGCGGGGUUCAUAUGAUAGUGCUGGAAUUGGUAGUAAUGGUUCUGGAGUCACUUCAGAACAGGUGAACAAUCUAGUUUCUAAUUUAAAUAUGUUGGAACAAGUUGGAAACUCUGAAAUGAGCCGUAUAUUCACUCGGAGUCAGAAGUUGAACAGUGAGGCCAUAAUAGACUUUGUUAAGGCUCUGUGCAAGGUCUCCAUGGAGGAACUGAGAUCUCCAUCUGAUCCACGUGUUUUUAGCCUUACAAAGAUUGUUGAGAUUGCGCACUACAAUAUGAACCGCAUAAGGCUUGUGUGGUCAAGCAUCUGGCAUGUUCUCUCGGAUUUCUUUGUAACUAUUGGCUGUUCAGCAAACCUUUCAAUUGCAAUUUUUGCAAUGGAUUCCUUGCGUCAGUUGUCAAUGAAAUUUCUGGAGCGGGAAGAGCUGGCUAAUUAUAAUUUUCAAAAUGAAUUUAUGAAGCCUUUUGUCAUUGUUAUGCGAAAGAGUAGCGCGGUUGAAAUUAGAGAGUUAAUUAUCAGAUGUGUCUCUCAAAUGGUUCUAUCACGUGUCAACAAUGUCAAAUCAGGAUGGAAGAGCAUGUUCAUGGUAUUCACAACAGCAGCUUACGAUGACCACAAAAACAUUGUACUCUUGGCUUUUGAAAUUAUUGAGAAGAUUAUUCGCGAUUACUUCCCUUACAUCACUGAGACUGAAACUACAACCUUCACAGACUGUGUAAAUUGUCUAAUUGCGUUUACCACUAGUAAAUUCAAUAAAGAGAUUAGCCUAAAUGCCAUUGCUUUUCUCCGAUUUUGUGCAACAAAACUAGCAGCGGGGGACCUUGGCUCAUCAUCAAGGAAUAAGGAUAAGGAACUUUCUGGAAAGGUUUCCCCAUCUUCACUUCAAACAGCAAAGGAGGGGAAAAAUGAUAAUGGAGAGGCUGCUGACAAGGAUGAUCAUCUCUAUUUCUGGUUUCCUUUAUUGGCAGGUUUGUCUGAGCUUAGCUUUGACCCAAGACCUGAGAUUAGGAAGAGUGCCUUGGAAGUCCUGUUUGAAACCUUACGUAACUAUGGCCAUCUCUUUUCGCUAACUUUAUGGGAAAGAGUAUUUGAGUCUGUCUUAUUUCCAAUAUUCGAUUAUGUUCGACAUGGUAUUGAUCCUUCAGGAAGUAGUUCACCAGUCAAUGAAGAAGAGGCGGAUCAUGGUGAGCUUGAUCAAGAUGUCUGGCUUUACGAGACAUGCACAUUGGCCCUCCAAUUGGUUGUAGAUCUUUUUGUUAACUUCUACGACACUGUCAAUCCACUUUUGAGAAAGGUGCUGAUGCUCCUGGUUAAUUUCAUAAAUCGUCCUCAUCAAAGCCUUGCAGGCAUUGGUAUUGCGGCUUUUGUUCGCUUGAUGACUCAUUCGGGGGAGCUAUUUUCUGAUGAAAAGUGGUUAGAAGUAGUUUUCUCAUUAAAAGCAGCAGCAAAGGCAACACUUCCUAACUUUUUGUUUCUGGAAAUCGAGGACUUAACUGGAAGUGACGAGGAUGCUUCAAUCGCUGAUGAUAGAGAUUUUGCUGAAUCUGGCUUCCCAGAUAAUUUAGCACACUUGAGGACUCGUGGUGUUUAUGCUCAUUUAACUGAUGCAAAGUGUCGAGCUGCUGUUCAGCUUUUACUGAUUCAGGCGGUGACGGAGAUCUAUAACAUGUAUCGUUCUCACCUUUCAGCAAAAGCCAUGCUAGUCCUAUUUGAUGCGUUGCACGAAAUAGCGUUACACGCGCAUCAGAUUAACAACAAUGCCAUAUUACGUUCAAAGCUCCUAGAGUUUGGUUCUAUGAGUCAAAUGCAAGACCCUCCACUCUUACGGCUUGAGAAUGAAUCGUAUCAGAUCUGCCUUACAUUUUUACAAACCCUUGUCCUUGACAAGCCUACUAGUUAUGAAGCGCAUGAGGUCGAAUCUCAUCUCAUUCAGCUUUGUCAAGAGGUUUUGGAGUUUUAUAUUGAAGUUGCAGGUUUUGGACUAAAAUCUGAAUAUUCUCAUGGUCGAGCGCCACGUUGGUAUGUUCCCUUGGGCUCCGGGAAGAGUAGAGAAUUGGCUUCUCGUUCACCUCUCGUUGUGGCUACUCUGCACGCUAUUUGUAGUUUGGGAGAUGUUUCCUUUGAGAAGAACCUGUCUCAUUUCUUCCCUCUUAUUUCUAGCUUGAUAAGCUGUGAGCAUGGGUCCAAGGACGUCCAGGUUGCUCUCAGUGACAUGCUUACUUUAUCAGUUGGUCCUGUUUUGCUACAGUCAUGUUGAUGGAUCAUAGUGGUAAAGUUCACCCUGAAUUUUCAGAUGUACGAUUUUUUUGUUUAAAUCUUUCUGUUCAUAAUUUUCUCUGCUCUCCUUUGCCUUGGAUUACGUGUCAAUAAUAUACCAUGACAGUGUAUGAAAAGUUCGUAGUAGUAUUUUCUCCUAGCCACACCUUCCUAACUUCUGUAUUUUAGAAGCUAACUUCUCCAGUCGGAAUUGAUUUGUAUUACCAUGAGUCUCAAUGUUGUAUUUUUUACGUUUUAUUCAUUUUUUUAGAAAAAAAGAAUUAGUUUUGCAGCAUUA